GGAACAAAGGUUAGCAUAACUGCAGCUCAUGAAGUCAAGAUGGCCGCCUCCAUGACAGCUGGCAAAAAGACAGAUCCUUAAUUGUUGAGAAAACGAAUAAACGAUAGACCGCAUACUUUCUGGAAACAUCAUGUCGUGUGUGCUAAGUAAUAUCGGUUGCUUUGAGGAUAUUUCUACAGUGCGUAAAUUUCUUUUCCCCAAUAAUAAGCCAGCGGACACAGCUGAUCUAGAUGGAUGGGAUGAUGCCGACUGGAGCUGGAACCAAGAUGAUGAAGAGGAGGGAGAGACGUCAGAAGGCAAGAAGGACGAACAGGAAGCAUGGUUGCAGGAAUGUAGCAUGUCGUUGUCUCCCACCGGCGAUCUGAUGGUCUUGGCUUUUGAGGAGAAAGUGGUGUUCUUACAACCAGAGAAGUGGGAUCCUCGUGAUGAGGAUGGGAUUGACUAUCGCUACCACGUCAUAUACAAGGGCGCUCUCAACCAAGACGAUGGAGAGUGUGUUACCAGUGUUCUCUGCAUCCCCUUGGCGUCUCAAAAGCGUAGUUCACAGGGGGCGCCAGACUGGACGUGCGUGGUGGUGGGCUUUACGACAGGCUACGUGCGUAUGUACACAGAGACUGGUGCCCUGCUCCUGUCGCAGCUUCUCCACGAGGAUCCCAUACUGAAACUGAAGUGUCGCACGUACGAGAUUCCCCGGUACCCCGGCAUAGCCGAGCAGCAGGAAGAGCUAACAAUCCUGUAUCCCAAUUCUUUGGUUACCAUUGAUGGGUUCAGCUUGUUCCAGUCGCUCAGGGCGUGCCGAAAUCAACUUGCGAGAGCUGCAGCCAGUGGGACUGACCAGAUCCAGCCCCCUCCUCUAGCUUACAAGAAGUGGGGACUCGUCCGGCAAGAUGCUACCACUGAUCACGUCAGCUGUGGAAUGGUGACACCUUGUGCCUUUGACCAGCUGAACGCAGACUCAGUCGUCAAUGGUUACACAGCCAGCAUCAAGGCCACGCCCCCUGCUGCCUCGCGUUACGUAACCACAGGAGUUGGCCCAUACGUGGGUUUCUUCUAUGCACUAGAGGGAAGCAGUCAGCCAUUGCUAUCAGAUGUUGCCAUGGCAAUGGCUAGUAAGCUGAAGUCGGCAUUUUUGUCAGCAGCAAGUGGUUGGUUUGGCAUCGGCAGUGGUAGGCAGAGUACCGAUGAACAACCGGGUGUAAGCAGACACAGGCCCAAAGUGGAACCAGCUACGUCCCUGCCAAUCAGGUUUGGUUUGCCUGAUCUGAGACGUAGCGGAGAUUCCUUACUUCUCUCUCCGGGCACACACCUUGCUGUCAGCACCGACAGCUUUGGUCGGGUCGUUCUGAUCGACCUGGCACGAGGCAUUGCUGUCAGGAUGUGGAAAGGUUAUCGUGAUGCGCAGUGCGGAUGGGUAUCGGUCACCGAGGAUCUCCUACGCGACAAAUCAGACCCGGCAGCGUCCAAAGCCCAACGGCAGCGGACGCGGCAGUUUGGUGCCAGGGUGGCACUAUUUCUGGUCAUCUACGCUCCGCGACGGGGGAUCUUGGAGAUAUGGAACACGCAGCAAGGGCCCAGGGUAGCGGCAUUCAAUGUUCCUAAAUCAUGCCAGCUUCUGUGUCCAGGCUACAGCACCAUGGGUCUCAACAGCCUCUCCCUCCAGGACUCCCGGGCCCGGCCCCACACCCUCCAAUGUUGCCUGGUCCAAUCAGAUGGCUUGGUGAGGACCAUCAGUGUCCCCUUCCACCUGGCGCUGAGCGACAGGAACAGCAAGAGGGCGCAUGACCUACACCUGGUCAAGAAACUGUCUGGUCUGCUGCAUCACAGGGCUACGCUCAAAGAGCCCCUUGAUGAGGCAAUCACAGCCGUUCUAGUGGACAUCAAGAUAUCAUCCUACAAGCAACAGGCCCUCGAGAAAGUCCUCCUUGCGCGAGGCAUGAGCCCUCUGGUUCUCCUUCGCAUCGUCCGAUCCCUCUCCACCCAUCUCAGGGCUCACGGAGCAGACUGCUUGGACUAUGAGGGGCAGUGCCUGCUGCGCUACUGCAGCCUACAGGAGGAGCUGUUACAGGUCUACACCAAGCUGCAAGGCAUGCACAGCAUACAGGAGAAAUCUGGCCCGAGCGACGAAACAUCUACCAAAGAGUUAGCGACAGCAUUAGACAUCCCGUCCGAAGACAUCAGCACAUGGCAUCGUCAGAUCCUAACAUACCUGGACGUGGCCCACCACACCAAGGUCCACUUUGCCUCAGACUACCAGAUGGAAGCCUCGGCAUUCGUGGGCUGCUUCCAGUCCUUCGUGGAGCACCAAGGGAGCAAGAGGGCGGGGCAAGAUGGAGGAGGAGGCGGGGAAAUUGAGGAAGGAGAGGAGGAGGACGGGGCAUCGCGGGGAGAUGAGCUCAGGAUGAGGCUGAAGCUCAAGGCAAGCCUGACAGAGGAAUACUCAGUCAAACUAGGUUUGUUUCUGUAUGGUGCUUGCCUCAGAGGGGACUGCCCUGCCGGUGACUUAUGUGCAAUCAUCAAGAAGAUGGAGAUCCCGUCUGAAGAACUCACAAUUUUACUGUUCAAAGUCUGGCUCCAGAAUGAGCAAGAUUUGCUCAGGCCCGUCUCCCAUACGGUAAACUUACACCGGCUCCUGGUGGCGCUCUUUGAACACAACGGCCAGAAUAGAGAGAGGACGUGCUGGAAGGAAGUACAGAGUCUCCUCAGCCAAUCAGAGAGGGUUGGAGCCGGGCUGAUGGCAGCUGUGGUUGCCAGGCAGGUUGCCAUGGAUACAAGCAGCCAAUCAGAAAAGGAGAGCUUGGAAACCAUGGAAACCAACAAGGCUGACCCUCAGGGGAUGACAAGCCAAGACCCAGGGGACAGCCCCAUGGAUGUGGACACACCCAGCGCCGAAUGGGUGGACGUUACCCUGGACAGACAGGUUUGGGAUCAGCUAGCCCGACGCUUGGAAGACGUGGUGUCUCUCAGCUGUCUUGUGCAUGCUAAACCAAGCAAGGGAUCUUUCACCAAUUCCGAGAAGGCUCACAGCAAGGCCUGGUCUGCUACUCAGGACAGCGGGGUGAUAUUCAGUGAUGCACAACCCACCCAGGUCUCCAUCACCAAGAUCCUAGAGGGAGGAAAAGGUAUCAUUGCAGAAUAUGUAGCAAGAUGGGUGGCCCAGAACGGUGUACCCCCUAGCUUCUUGUCAAACUGCUCAGGAAGCAACCAUGCAAUUGCGGGGGUGUCGUCUGAGGGGCUGUCUCUAGGCGACGACGCUCAACAAGUUCAAGAAUUGCUUCAGGCGUUAUGUCUACGGUUCCCUCGUAGUUUGGCCCAUGAUAUCAUGCAGGCUCAUUGCACAUGGGAGUACAUAGUCCGCUGGAACAAGAAUCCUGAGGUAACAGACUUAUUCAAAUCAGCCCUGGGUCAUUUGCAGACGAUACGUAAUCCUCUGCUGCAACAUGGCAUAGCCAGCAUGAUGUGGCAUACAUUCUCCGUCAAGAAGGUGUCUGCGACAGCUUUUCUCAUCGACAAAAUCGGCAAGGCGCCAAAGGAUAGGCUGUGUCGGAAGGAUGUUGGCAUGAGCGACGUAUCAUUAGAGUCUUUCAUCGGACUGUGCUGCGAACUCCUGGACAUGAUUUAUGUGGUGGAGACUGAGUCUUCCUUGGUACCUUCUCUUGAGAUGGAGGAGCUUUGGCAAGACGUUCAGGGUCCAACACCGUUGGCUGAGCUAGCUAUCAGCCAGCCACUACCAAACCACUACAUGGUGGAUCUACACAAGCAACUGACAACGUCAUUACAUGCAAUUUUGGUAUUCAACACCAAAUCCAUCAAACCACUCAAGGUCUUGUUUGACUACAAAGCGAGGAAUGCCUUCUUCAGGGACCUGGAUGCGCCAGUCAUGCAACCCACGGGGGAGGUCGACCAGGGUCUGCAGAGGAACAGGGAUCAGUUCAUGAUGAGGAUCAUCACGGAUGCCGUGGAGAGUCUACCUCCGAAUCACUCCAUGGACCCCAAGCAAGCCGAGCCCAUCUGCCACUCGCCACCGGUCAUGCCCUCCAGCCCCGGCCCGCUGGACGUGCGCAGGAUACGCAGGAGUCACCCAGCCCACACCUGGCCGGGAACCGUGGUCCAGCUAGCCAUAGCCUUCGGUGGCGACGUUGACAGGCUGAAGAGACAUCAUGUCUGUGAGCUGUUCAAGAGUGGCUAUGAUGCCAUUGCUCAAGAGGUUUUGGUGACUGUAACAGACCACACCCAGAUGGCGGUUCAGCUGAUCAACGUGAUAGGUCUGCGCCUAGCUCAGGUGUUCAUUGUAGAUGCAAACGCAGCCAGCGUCGCCCGCCAGUCUUCCCUUCCUGCUUCGCUGAUAACGUGGCUCAAAGUCUUAGCUAAAGAGUCAAGUCUGCGAUGUCCACAUCCCCCGAUUCCAGACACUGCCCAUCUGGUCAGCAAAGCCGUCGGUCUACUCCCAGAGAGACACCCCCAGUAUGCUCUGGGAUUGCAGCUCGUAGAGGCUGUGGGAUCCCUCACUUGAAGGGAACAAACACAUUGAAGUUUCAAAACCAACUGAGCUAGUUCAUCCAACUUUUUAUGCAUUAUGAACAGGGGCAAGGCCAGACCAAUUUGAUUGGGACAGUAUUACCACAAAUUGCCGACAGAUGCUCUGUGCUGGGGUGUAGCCAGGAAUUUUUGUUAUUGUCAUACGCAAAAUCGAUAAGUGGGGGGAGGGUGGAGGGCUGGACACCAUCAGACUAUUGGAGGCGCUGUUCAAAGGCAAUGAUCUUCGAGACUAUUGGACAAUAGGUGGCGUCCUUCAACAGACUGGUACAUAAUUUUUCAGACAGGACAACAAGUUUGCUGUCAAAACUGAAACAAUUUAAGUGGGGGGGGGGGGGGACAACUCCACACCCCUUGUCUAGCGAAGCUUAUGGUGGUUCAUUUGCGGACUUGGGGCUCUAAAUGCUGUCUGAGAGAAGUUAUGGGGACCCCCCCCCCCCCUUUCGCUACGUCCCUGUGAUAUAAUAAAAAGUAUUAUCUGAAAAGUCUGAAGAUCAAAUUUAAAUUUUAGCAGAGUCAGGCUUUCACGCCAAUACCAACGGGAGUUUUGGUCUGUCACUCAAAUCAAAAUAAAAAUCUGGAACUUUCAUAAGUUGAGCUACAAGUUAGUGUACCAGAUCAAGUAAUUUCAUAUUUAUUUGAUUCUUAUCCAUGUUAGAUGUGGGAAUCUGUGGCAAACAGAGGGAAUAUUAAUUUUGUAUUGGCCCCAUCCUCAAUUAUCUUCGGCACCACUCACGCUUUACAUUUCGCAUCCAUGCUGAAUUCAGUAUCCGUAAUAAGCCUUUUCGGAGUUCCAACUGCGCAUU